AUGGAGUCUCUGAAAGGAAAAACACGGGGGGAGGACUUGUAUAACCGGGUGUCUGCUGUCAUUGAAAAUACGAAGCUGUCUUGGAGUAAACUUAUCAACGUCACCACAGAUGGAUCUCCAAAUUUAACAGGGAAAAAUGUUGGCCUGCUGAGAAGAAUCCAGGAUAAAGUGAAAGAAGAAAAUCCUCACCAGGAUGUUAUUUUCCUUCACUGCAUCAUCCACCAGGAAUCUCUAUGUAAAUCUGUAUUACAGCUGAAUCAUGUUGUGAAUCCUAUCGUAAAACUUGUCAACUUUAUACGUGCAAGGGGACUUCAGCACCGUCAGUUCAUCGCGUUCUUGGAGGAAACUGAUGCAGAGCACCAUGACCUACUUUAUCACUCCCGUGUCCGCUGGUUAAGCUUGGGAAAAGUGCUUCAACGAGUGUGGGACCUCAAAGAGGAGAUCGGUGCAUUUUUGGAGCUACUGGGGAAGGCCGACGAAUUUCCUGAGCUGAGCAACAAGAACUGGCUUUGUGACUUUGCGUUUGCUGUGGAUAUAUUUUCACACAUGAAUGAGCUGAACGUGAACAUACAGGGGAAGGAUCGGUUUGUGCAUGACCUGUACACAAGCGUGAAAGCCUUCAAAGCCAAACUGGCUUUAUGUUCCAAGCAAAUCCUAAAUGAGUCAUUCACUCAUUUCCCCACACUAGCUACACUGAAAGAGGAGGCUGGCGCAAAAGUUAAGAAAUACAGCGAGACACUGGAUGCGCUCCACAAAGAAUUCUGCCGUCGCUUUGUUGAUUUUGAGAAAAUUAACAAGUCACUUCAGUUGGUGGCCUGUCCCCUGUCACAAGACCCCGAAACAGCACCAGAAGAGAUGCAGCUGGAACUGAUAGACCUUCAGGCUGAUGCUGUCUUGAAAGAGAAGUUCAACUCUCUUAAACUGAAUGACUUUUAUGCGUCACUUAAUGAAGCGGUGUUUCCAAACCUCCGGAGGACGGCACAGAAGAUUCUGGCGUUGUUCGGCUCGACCUAUGUGUGUGAACAGACGUUCAGCGUCAUGAACUUCAACAAAGCCAGCCACAGAUCCAAUUUGACUGACCAACACCUCAGAUCCAUCCUGAGAAUCGCCACAACAAAACUGACUCCAGACUUUGAUGCGCUUGUUAAAAAGGGACACCAACAACACUGUUCCCACUGAAAUCAAAAGUAAGUUUCUCUGCUCUUAAACAUGCAUUUACGUGUUACAUGUCAUUUCUGUUAAGGUGUGCUCAUAAGUGGUGUGCAGGUGCACUGCCUUCUCAAUAUAAACAAUGCACACCA